CGCUGGUAUCGGACGUUGAAAUUGAAAAUGGUGUGGAAUACAGAGAAUGGAAUAAAAACGAAACCCUAAACAAAAAAUCGGAUCCAUAUCCGUCUCUCUCCCUCUCUCACCCCCUUCUUCUAUCUCACCGGAAGGAAGCUCCGUCCCUCCGUUUCGCACCGCUAUCGGAACUCGAAAUUGAUAUAGGUUCCCGAUCAUAUUCAUCGGCGGAGGACGACUAUCGACGGUCGUUCUCGUGCUUCGUCCGUUUCGAUCGAUCCGAUUGAACCUGCUUUUCCCCCUUCUCGGCCGGCUCCGUUGUCUUCCUCUCUCACGCCGCUGCCGUCUCCCGCUCUUCUUGCUCGAAGCUCGGCUCUCUCCCUAUCUCUUCCAGCUCAACUUCCUUCCCUUACUCUCUGUAUCUGGAGUCGUUGACUUGGGAGUUGUGGCGCCCCAGCUGCCGCUGCUCCAUCCAGAGGAAACUCCCGCACUUAACUCCAUCCCCACCGCCGCCUUCCUGUUCCUAAGCGUUCUCCUCGGUUUCCAGUCUUCCCGUUAGAGGACUGCUCCUGUGUGUCUUGACAUUUACUGCUGAGGAGGUUGGAGUGCAUCUGGUCGCAAUACCUUGAGGAGAAUAGAACGUGGAAGUGUUGUACUUGCAUGGUUAGAAAAUGGAACCGGCUGUUUUGGAUGAUAUUAUUCGGCGGCUUUUAGAGGUUCGCGGUAGACCUGGGAAGCAGGUCCAGUUAUCAGAGGCAGAAAUCAGGCAACUGUGCGGGGCUUCUCGAGAGAUCUUCUUGCAACAACCCAAUUUGUUAGAGCUUGAAGCACCCAUCAAGAUUUGUGGUGAUAUCCAUGGUCAAUAUUCUGAUCUUCUUAGGCUAUUUGAAUAUGGCGGAUUACCUCCAAAUGCUAACUACUUAUUUUUGGGAGAUUAUGUUGAUCGAGGCAAGCAAAGUCUUGAGACAAUAUGUCUUCUACUUGCAUACAAAAUAAAGUACCCAGAGAACUUCUUUCUCUUGAGGGGAAACCAUGAGUCUGCUUCUAUUAACCGUAUAUAUGGUUUCUUCGACGAGUGUAAAAGGAGGUUUAAUGUCAGACUGUGGAAGACAUUCACGGAUUGCUUUAAUUGUCUCCCAGUGGCUGCUCUAGUUGAUGAGAAAAUUCUCUGCAUGCAUGGUGGUCUUUCCCCAGAUUUGCAUAAUUUGGAUCAGAUCAGAAACUUGGCUCGCCCAACUGAUGUACCAGACACAGGUUUGCUCUGUGAUCUGCUGUGGUCUGAUCCUAGCAAAGACGUUAAAGGCUGGGGAAUGAAUGACCGGGGGGUUUCGUUUACUUUUGGUCCUGAUAAGGUGGCAGAAUUCCUUCAGAAGCAUGAUUUGGAUCUGAUCUGUCGUGCUCACCAGGUUGUUGUGGAGGAUGGAUACGAGUUCUUUGGCAACAGACAACUUCUAACCAUAUUUUCUGCGCCGAAUUACUGUGGGGAGUUUGAUAAUGCUGGUGCAAUGAUGAGUGUGGAUGAGACACUUAUGUGCUCAUUUCAAGUAUUAAAACCUGCUGACAAAAAGUCGAAGUUUAACUUUGGGUAAAUCACCAGGAGGCACCAGCAGGGUUUUAGUUCUUCCUCGGUACCAAAGUACGACGAUAAGCCCUCAGAUUUACUGUGGGUGAUGGGCUUUAGGUGAGUGUUUAAGAAUGCCCAAGAUGCAAUCAAAUGUGAAGAUUAAGGUGCUUUUAGUUCAUUAUUGGAGGAGAAAAGGUGGACUAGAAGAGCGGCCAUAAAACAUCCAUAUGAUUUGAUGUGGAAACCACUCUAAUGGCUGGAAACCGGUGAACUGACGUCGGAGUUACUUGAUUGCUUCCCCCUUAAAUUUCUUCUUGUUUUAACUCCAAGACCGGACUGUUGGUCGUAUCUUGCUUCUAAUCCGAUGUGUUUGCCUGCUUCAUAUACUCCAUUCGAAACUGAACUAAGAAAGAGUACCAAGGUAGGGUUAUGCUCGCGAAGUAGGUUGAUCUAUAUGUGAUAGAACGAGGUUUGGCAAGUGGAGCUAGUGCUUUAGCAGAGUCAAUCGAGCGUCUGAAGGGCCAAAAGGUCCAUGAAAAAUGGAUCGUCAGUAGCCAUAUACUUGUAAGCAGUCCCUGGCAUAUGGAUGAGUAGUGCCAUAGAUGGGAGUCUAGAGCUGGAUCGAAUAAGAGAGUGACGACAUGGUUGAGAAUGGAAGCUCGCAGGAAUGCAAAGGAGGCACUUCAUCUCAGCGGUAGCAUGUACAAUGGCGAGAUUGUGGGAUUCGCUUUUGGUACAACUUAGGUUUCUCAUCUUUGUCUAAUUCAAUUUCAGUUUGAUUUGCUUUAGUUUCGUAUUGUUAAAAGAAUCUACAAAAUCAAAAGCAAAUUUAAUUUAAUUUAGUAAUUAUCAUAAUUCCAAUUUAACGAAAGAAAGAAUACGUAUACAUUCGUC